CUUAGCAGCAGGCUAGCUCAGCACUUCAGAUGCAGCGGGGCCAAGACAGCCGCACAUCCAUGGCAUUACUAACAAAACGCACCAUGUUUUCACUUUUCUAACCAUCCCACCCCCUCCUUCUCCUUUUCCCCUCCAGUGCGUGUAAGCCUGAGGGUUACUGUUAUGGUUUCGGAGAAUGGAAACGGACGACGUGUCGGUUCGAGAGCAACUUUUCCACAACCGUGUACGGGAGACCAUAAUCUGUGUGCUCUUGUUCACAUGCCUCUACAUGGUGGCCUACCUCAUACUUACACAUUUCAAGAAGACUGCCGAGUUUGUCACAGAUGAUGUUGAAGAUGCCACCGUCAACAAAAUUGCGCUGUGGCUGUGUACGUUCACCCUGUCUGUUGCAGUGUGUGCUGUGCUCCUUCUCCCCAUCUCCAUUCUGUCCAAUGAAGUGCUGCUCACCUUCCCACAGAGCUACUACAUGCAGUGGCUCAAUGGAUCUCUUAUCCACGGAUUGUGGAACCUAGUUUUUCUUUUCUCCAACUUGUCUCUGGUCUUCCUGAUGCCCUUUGCCUACUUCUUUACUGAGUCUGAGGGAUUUGCAGGAUCCAAAAAGGGGGUUAUGGCACGAGUGUAUGAAGCAGUUGUGCUGCUCUUGCUGCUGGCUCUGCUUGUGCUGGGCAUUGUUUGGGUUGCAUCAGCCCUUCUCCACGACAACAUAGCCAGGAAGAGCCUCUAUGACCUGUGGGAGUAUUACCUUCCUUAUCUGUACUCGGGCAUCUCUCUGUUUGGAGUGUUGCUGCUUUUGCUGUGCACUCCCUUCGGAUUGUCCCGGAUGUUCAGUGUAACUGGCAGUCUUUUGGUCAAACCGAGGCUUUUGGAAGAUGUAGAAGAUACUUUGAGCUGCACCGCAUUUGAGGAAGACUCGCUCUCCAGGAAACUGAAGAGUGGCAGUAGGACAUCAUGCUGGGUCAAGCUGAACAUGGAAGUGAUGAAAAAAGAGUACCUAACAGUCCAGAGCAAGCGCAUUGCCCUGGAAAUGCGCAGGAAAGCGUCCCCAUGGCAGCGAAACUUGGGCUAUCCACUGGCCAUGCUUGUGCUCCUCGCGCUGACGGUGAUGUGUGUCCUGAUGGUCUGUUUCAAUGUGUUGGAGUUGCUCCUGGAUGAGACGGCUAUGCCCAGAGGAAUGGAGGACCCUCACCUUGGGAUGGCCUCCUUCUCCAUGUUUGGCUCACUGGGCGCUGCAGUUCAAGUAGUCCUCAUCCUCUAUCUGAUGGUGUCCUCAGUAGUGGGUUUCUAUAGUUCUCCUCUCUUCACUGGCCUCCUGCCACGUGCACAGGACACCAACCUCACACAGAUUAUUGCAAACUGCGUUUCACUGCUUAUUCUGAGCUCAGCACUGCCUGUGUUUUCACGCACACUUGGGAUCACGCGCUUUGAUCUACUGGGAGACUUUGGUCGGUAUAACUGGCUGGGGAACUUCUACAUUGUCUUCCUGUACAACAUGCUGUUUGCUGGUCUCACCUCUGCCUCCCUGAUCAAGACGGUCACCUGGGCUGUACAGAGAGAGCUCAUCCGUGCCUUUGGUCUCCACAGACUGCCUUUAACUGUGUCACGCUCCACCGUCCCCUUCAGACUCCUCCUGGCCAGUGGACUGUCAAAGAUCCAGUGACUUUUCCGCCUCACCACUGCCUCUCCUAACCUUUCAGAAACUGAGCCACCUCAAAUGUGCACCUAUUGGAUUAAAGACAUUUGCAAUUCAGACACUUUGCCAGUUGGUACGUGGUUCACGUUUCCCCGUGUGAAGAGACCAGAGAAGGUGACCAGUCUUUCUGCAGUGUCCAGUGGGAGCUCUUCUUAAAGCUUUAGUGACCAAUAAAUCAGGGUCCUUUUUAUUUGUGCAGUUAUUUAACUGCAGGGACAAGUAUGCAAGCUGUUAGCUGUGUGAUGGUUACAACUGGAACAAUAGGAAAGGGGAUUUAAGCCGUAUUGGCAGUCCUGCCUUAGUGGACAAAAAGAGAGCUAUCCUCCCACAAAACCCGAUGCCUCAUGAAAAGAGGAUCCAGAGGACAGCCGUUGUUCAGUUGACACAUGUGAAAGUCAGCAGAGUUAUUUUGAAAUAUUACAUUGCAACUGUGACGUAAUAUCCUCUUCCUGCUCCAGGUCGAUUGAGUGCACUCUCGUUCUGUGGCUUCCCCACGCUUUCCCCUCUUUGGUUGUACCACUAUUUUAAGAUUGGGAAUCUUACUUCCAUGUGUUUGGUGGUCCAGUCUGCACCAGUGUUAUGUAAGUUAAUGAGAGGAAAUUGUUAUUCUGCGCAAAUAGGACACAGGGUAUCUUGUCUAUCUAUGGAUCUGCAGGUUACACAGGGAACAUGUGAGGGAGGUAACUAUCUCAGUGUUGGAGCUCUUUAAUAAAUCCAGUUUAAUAGUAGAAUUAAAAACAUUUUCUUUGGUGAUUUACCAUUAAGCAGGGUUUUUACUUUGUAGUUGACAGUAAGCUUACUGAGUAUGAAGAUUACUCAUUCAUUUACAAAAAUACACUAAAAAGAAAGCUUUACAAUUUAACUUAUGCAAACUUUUGAAUGCCAUGUGAUACUCACUAGGAGGAACAUUGCCUUUGACCAACUGUGAAUUAUUAAGAAAUUAUGCGGGGAAGUGCAAUAUUUUAUAAGUAAACGCACACUUUUUAACCUUACCAAAAGUAAUUUCUAAAUCUUCUGCAGGUUUCUUUUGAUUUUUCUGUGAAGUAUUUUUCUCAUCUCAAUCCUCUUUGAGGCUUAGAAUAGUUUCAAGAAGCGAAUGUGACCAUCAAGCCAUGCAAUCUUUGUCAGUUUUUAUAUUUGAUGUUUGUCAGCUAUAUCUCAUCAUCUACAAUGUGUUGGUGACCCUGUGUCACCGUUUGCCUUUGCUGCUGUAUCAGCAGGUUAUAAGCUGUUGGUUUGACCAGCAGGGGACAGUGUCUCUCAAACCCAACACCAGCAUCUGUGUUGUCACGUCUCUCUCUCUCCCAUUAGUUGUUAUUAUAUGCAUUAUAUAAAUAUAUGGAGCAUUCUGAGGUUUACUCAUUUCACUUUUUCUGGGAAUUUUUUGUUUGUUUUUGGGAGCACAGAUUUUAUGAUAUACUGUAUUUAUUGGCAUUUUGGGAUCCAUACUUCACAUGAUGACUCUUGGGAUUUUUAACUGUUGUUCAAAUGUUGAAUGUGCUACAAUUGAGACAUACAAUCUUUAGAGUUGUUCUCAAAGAUGAAAAAAAAAAUGUUUGUUUACUUUUGAAAUACUCUUAUGUUUUUCGGAGCAGAAUUUUUAACCAUCAUGGUUUCAUGAGCAGAAAGCAAUAAAAUCA